CGUGUGCGUGUGGGAGCUGCUGCGUGUUACACGCGAUUGUGUGUCAUUCUAGGUGACAGAGGGAGCGGCUGCCGGAGGAGACGGGGGAUUUUUGAGGAGAGCCCGUCCCGACAGAGGGGAGAGCAAUGUUAUCCCUCCCGGCCACGAAAGAAGUACAUGAACGAAUAAGGAAUCCAUAGCACAAAGAGCACAACAGAUCUGAAACAUCCCAGUAAUGCAGAGAGAACAGUUACAUAUCAAGGUGCCACGAGUGAACCACAUAUCUGAAAAUUAGAGCCUCUUCAUUCUUUCAGUGAAUUGACCAGAUAUCUGUGCCUUAAACAAAGCUCCCCAACAUACCCUAUACUCUUUAUUUGUGUUUGAGAUUAAUUGACCACUGUGGAAUGCAUCCUUGGGCUUUCUGAAAUAUAUAAAAUGACACAAGGUGAAAUGAAGUUAUCCUGAGAGAGGGGAGUGAUAUUGUAAAACCUCCCUAGAAGAUAGCUGCAAUACUGCUGGCUCCUGGCUUUGGCUGCAUAUGCUACACAGUGUAAACACAAAUGGCAUUUACACUUGAUUAAAGGAGGAGAAUGUACUAUAUUACAUUUAUUUCAUAAUCUGAAAGAAGAAUAGCAUUUGGAAUAAUGGCAACAGGAGACCUCAAAGGAAGUUUGAGAAAAAUAGAACAAGGACUUCGCUUGUUAAAUUAUCCAAGAGAUGUGGAUUAUACAGUGUUAGUAAAGGGUGAUCCAGCUGCGUUUUUACCUAUCAUCAGCUAUUCUUUUACAUCUUUUUCAACUUACAUAGCAGAACUUUUGGUAAAGUGUGAUGUGGAACUCACAGCAAAAAGCGACUUGCGUUUUAUUGAAGCUAUUUAUAAGCUUCUUCGAGAUCAGUUUCAGUAUAAACCGAUUUUAACAAAAGAGCAGUUUCUUCAGUUUGGCUUUGCGGAAAGAAAAAUGCAGAUUGUUUGUGACAUUAUCAACUGUGUGAUCAAAAAACAUAAGGAAUUAAGUAACUCGAAUAAGGUUAAAUCCCAAACAAGGAGAAACCUCAGAUCUUUUAAAUAUGAAAUAUGGUCAAAUUGUGAUAAAGUCCUUGCUGAUCCUAGUGGCAGUGCUCUGAAUUCCAAACAGAAGCCUCAAGUAGAACGGCACUCAGGAAACGAAGUUAGUGGUGACCUUCAUCCACUACCCCUUCCAGCACAGGGAAGUAAUGAAGGAGAAUUGUAUCUAAAUCAUGAUGUUGUGGAAGUUAAAUGUGAACAAGUCAUAGAAGAUAAUUCUCAGAUUGAGUUCUUGAAGAGUCAGCUUGCUGAUUGUCAGGAAAAGCUUCAUAAGCUAGAUUGGAUGGAAGAUAAACUACAUGUUUUAGAAGAGAAACUGAAAGGAAAGGUGAUCAUAGAUGAGAAGGACUGGAAUAAUUUGUUGAGUCGAGUUUUGCUUCUUGAAACAGAGCUGUUGUUGCAAUCCAAAAAGAGAGACUUAUCUACAGACUUCAGCAAUAUAAGUCAAGAAUAUACUUCUAAUAGGAUUCCAGUUUCUCCUGAUACAGAGAGGAAAGAGGAGAUGCCAGAGUGUCUUCAUCAGUUGUCUGGAUACAGUUCACUAUUAUCCACAGACCCAUCUCCCAAAGCCAUGACCAUUAAUUCUCAUAAUCUGACAGACAUUUCAAAGGAGACAACAAGACAAAGAAUGGAAAGGAUAAGUAAAAUAAUUGAAGAAACCUCAGAAUUGUUGAAAACAUCAAGCAACACCUCUGAGAAGACCUGAAAGCACAGGUCUUCAGAGCUGGUCUCUGUAGACUUAUGGUUAUCAGAACUCAUAUGUAUGUUUGUACAGCAUUAAAUUUUUAAUAUAUCAAUUUUGUAAUGAUCACCAGUGCUUUUAUUCCUUUGAAUAAAUAUUUUCUAA